ACUGAAAGGAAUAAACUGACAUCUGAUUGUUGUAUGAGAUUGUACAGGAUUUUUUGGAUGUAGCCAGGAUCGAAAUACAGGUCUACACAAAGAAAUUAGCUAAAAAAUAACCAACAAAGACAGCUAUAAUGAUGUCUCAAAAAAUCUUCCUGUUUGUGAUACUCUUUUUCGCUGCACAGGGAUCAUGUUUUGGACAAGACAGCUUGGCAGAGAAACUAGGAAAACUUCAAUUCAAAAAUGAAGGGGUUGUCCACAAAGAUGAUGAGCUUAUAUGGAAGCCAUUGCCAUGUGGCUACCUAGAAGCACAGAAUGUGACAACAAUCCAACAAAACUGGAUCACAACCAAGAAGUGCAACUAUCUGUUCCAGAGGAAAGAUGGUGCUGAUGUGCCUCCCCCUAGUGGUAUGAGGAGCGCUGUUCCCUUGGGAGGUAUCUCUACUGGCUCUAUAGAACUACGAGCAGAUGGAACAUUCCAUGAAUGGACAAUCAUGAACCAAUCACCAGCCUCUGCUGCCAAAAUACAAGUAAUGGAUGAUGUCUUCCUAGCGGCUAUGACAAUCUCAACACCAGGAGUUGAUAAUGCAAUCCCUAAACAAGCCAACACUAACCCUCAGUUACGUGAACACUUCACAGAAGAAGAUGAUGUAAUAGACAUGUUGAUUAAUAAUGAGAUAAACACCAACAUUAACACUGUAGAUGAUUUGGAGAUACCUCUAAACGAAGCCAAUGCAGCUGAUGUUGAUACUGAUAAUAUUAAGAUUUUUGCUCUGAGAACCAACCCGCCCAAUGAUCCAGAUGCGCCAGGGGUGGAAGGGGUCUCAGCAUUACGUUACCAAGGAGCAUAUCCCGUCUCAAAACUUGAAGUCAUUGAUGAUAGCAUCCCAGUUGAUAUUACGACGUAUGCAUACUCUUCAUAUAAAGUCGGUGACAUGAAUGCAUCAGCUUUGCCAAGUAUAGCAUUCACAAUGGUAUUCACUAAUCCUUCAACGACUGACAAUGUCUUGACUUAUAUGAUAUUUAAUUUGGGCGUCGGCAUAGAAGAAAUGACACAGCGUACUGCAAAACCGACUGAUGAUGGAAAAACUGACUGGAAGUCCCCGAGAAGCAUUCCAGUCUCCAACACAUCUGCUUGUGCUCAGAAGUGUAAAAAUUCAAAUGAUUGCAAAUCAUGGACAUUCUUUAAGAAAACGAAAAUGUGUCAACUUUCCGAGGUCGCAAAUUUGAACACGUUCAAUGAGGACACAAAUAGUGGACUUCCCCAGGAAUGGGUAGUAAGUAACGUGACCACAGAUUCAGGAGAGGGAAUACAGUGUUUAUCUUCAGUUAGAUUUGGACUUGCAGGGCCAAAUGGGAACAUCACAAUUUGUGGAAACAACACCUCUAAUACUCAUUUUGGAACAGGUGCCACUGUUAAAGAUGUCUUUGCCAAUAUACAUAACCAAGACCCACUCCACCAGAACCUUAACCAAAACCACCCUAAUGCUUGGAUAGUCUCAAGCGUGAACCUGAAACCAGGGGAGACCAAAUCAGUCACACAGGUUUUAUCAUGGUUCUACCCAAAUAGGGACUUUGUAGGGGAAAUCCAUGGAAACUACUAUUCCAAACAUUUGUACAGCGAUUCUCUGGAUGUCGCACAAAAGAUGUGGAGUCAAUUAGAUGAUAUUGUGGAUGAUAUUAGGAAAUUGCAUGGUGCAUUUUACGAGUCUGUUGGACUUCCAGUUUUUCUUCAGGAUUUACUAAUAAACAGUCUAAGUCAUAUCCGGUCAGCUAUGUGGUUUGAUGAUGGCAGAUGGCGACAGUGGGAAGCUAAUGACUGCACUAACAUUGAUUCAGUUCAUAAUGAUGGAGAGCGACAUAUACCAUACAUCAUGUUCUUCCCAAAGUCAACAAAAAAUAAAAUGUAUGCAUGGGCACAUUCGCAAUUGGCCAAUGGGAUGAUUCCCGAGCAGUUGAGAUGCAACCCAUCUGGUCCAAAUAAGGACAUUGAUAUUCCAUGUGGAAGAGUGAUGUCUGAUGUUUCUUCUAUGUUCAUAGUGUAUCUACUGGAGUUGUACUCUUGGACAGGGGAUGAAGCAUUUCUCAAGGAGAUGUGGCCAUAUGCUAAAAAGGCUGCCCAGUGGCAUAUGAGCGUAUGUGGUUCUGGCCAUCUUCCUCUAAAACUACAAAACACAUAUGAUGUCCUGGGACUGAAUGCAUAUAGCAUCAGUGCUUACAAUACAGGAUUUCAUAUUUUGGCAUUGAAAGUAGCUCAAAAACUUGCAAUAAUACAAGGUGAUGCAGAUUUUGCCACCAUCUGUGAGAAAUUUGCGGAAGCCUCUCAACUUGAACUUGACCUUCACCUUUGGAAUGAGACAGCACAGUACUACAAUGCAUAUGCUAUGUUGCCAGGUGCUGGUUCACCAGACAAGAUGGAGGCCGAGGGAAGGAGGGGCUUGUUAGAUCUCCCUGUAGAGAUCGCCCCUAACAACCCUGGUGCUAUAAUGACUGACAGUUUCUACAGUCAGGUCCUGUCAUAUACACUUGGAUUGGGACCCCUUAUAAACACCACAAAGCUGAAACUACAUAUGAAGGCAGAAUUGACCCAUAAUGAUUCUCCAUAUGGGAUGCUGGUUAUGACAGGCCGAUAUCCAUAUCCUGGACCUUCCCAAGAUAACGCAAUCUGGAUGAUGGGGAACCCCAAUUGGGCAACUAUCAGCAUCCAUAAUGGGCAAAAUGUCUCACAUGCUAUAGAAGUAGCAGAGAAAUCACUGGAUAGGUGGCGCUCUGUACUGAAUGAUCAAUGGAAUGUCGCUGGUCUGAUGGGUGGACUAAAUUAUGGUGCUGAUGGACAACCAUGGGUCACCAGUCAUUAUGGAUACUACAUGUCCUCCUGGCAUAUGGUGAUGGCGUUGUCAGGGCAACAAGCGUUUCUAGGUAAACACAACAAAACACUGACAUUUCAACCUAAGACACCCCUACCAUUCAAAUACCCCCUCCUGUUGCCAGGGGUGUUAGGAACUCUGGAAGGGAGUGGGGGGAAAGCCCAAGGGCAUAGGGAAACUAGAUAUACCUUAGAGAUAUAUUUUGGUGAAGUCACGUUGGACCACCUUGCUGUUAAUGACAAUGUAUAUAAAAAUGGUCCAAUACUUCUAAAACAAGGAGACAGCAUUACUUGGUAACUUUUAUAAUCAGUCAACACCAAUAAACAUAAACAUAUAUUUGUGACGUGAAAUCAACAUGGAGUAUCUAACUGUUGAAAACUUGGCAUUUAAAUCUUGUCUAAAUUGUGUGACUACUAAAACUUGGGAAAGUUUUUUAUUACUUUGUGACAAAUUGUGCAUUUGGUAGUUCUGCACUUUCAGAAAAAAAUUGAAAAAAUAAUUUUGGAA